AACUCGAUGGCAUGUUCAGUCUUGGCUAAAAUUCCGUCCAGGUGUGGCGUUACGCUCCUCCGCCGUGACUGUCUAUGCACGAGAAAACUUUAUAAUGAACUUAAAAUCCCCAGAACUUGGCAUAUCGAGGAGGAAAAUUUUGCGAUAAUAAUAAGUGCAGUCCUCUGGCGCCUUCAAAAGCAGUCGCGUUUCGUUGGGAAAUGAUCGAGUCAAAACUUGCGAAAGAGUUAUGAUAGAAAUGUGUUGUCGAAAGAUUGACGAAGUAGGAUCAACAUCAUUAUUGCGGUGUGUGUCUUGACCAUGGACGGUGAUACGCGCGUCUGACACAGGUGUUAGAAGUGUUAUAAGUGGCACAUACUGAAGUGUGUACCAUAGGCCUACCAAAGUGAAGCAUAGGCCUACAUAAGAGUGAGUGGCCCGGUCGUGCUGGAGCAAGACCGGGCUAAACCAUACUGGUGUCCUGGUACUUUUGUGGUAUCUUUGUACAACUGCGUGGUUGUAAGCCUCUUUUGAGAUUAUCUUAUUGUGAUUCCUGAGUGAUUGUGAUUCGGUGCUAUUGAUUCCUACUGUGAAAAAUAAUUCGAAGUCAAAUUAUAAAGAAAAAUCUAAUAGUGUCAAAACUGACCUACAGACGGCCAGUAAAGAAAUACCCAAGUUUUUUUUUUGUCUUGUACGAUCCACCUCCUCUCAGAAGCGAAAAUCGUAGAGGCACUUGCAACAGGCCAGGCACCGUCGCCGCCAGCACUGUGAUGGGCGCAGAAGGCGUGUGAUGCCCCCAUGUCGCGAUGCCAGUGACGGAGCCGAGCCCGGGCGUCGGGGUCGGUAAAGUAACGUCAGGUGAGCACAAGGGCGCCUCCAGAAUGCCCGGGGACAUGGCCACAACUAAGUACGAAUUGGAGGAUUACGUUUACGAGAUGGAGUGUCGGGCGGGCGAAAUGGCGGACGGAGCCGAGAACGAGGAUGUGUACUCUCGCCUCGCCCAGAAGGAGAGGGACCUGAUCCUGGCGGCCGAGCUGGGCAAGGCCCUCCUGGAGAGGAACGAGCUCCUGGUGCAGCAGAACGAGCGACUGGCGGAGGACUACAGCCACAAACUUGAGAUUCUCGAACAAGAGAAGCACGGACUACGCCGGAAGUUGACCGCGACCGAGAGCGAAUAUGAAGUCAAGAUCCAGGAACUCUCCGUUGAUCUGCAUCAUGCAAAGUCGGAGAUCGUGGAUCAGCGCGAGGCCGUUCGCCAGAGCGAGCGGGACAAGAGUCAGCUGAUCGACCAACUCACGGAACAGAACCAGCGACUCACCACACAGUUGAAAGACAGCUCCAAGCAUGAGCAGCAGCUGGAGCAACAACUGCAACUCCUUCGGGAUCAGUUCAACAUCCGAAAGUCGAACAUGUCGGAACAGGUGUCGACGCUGGAGGUGCUGCGGCAGGAGAUCGACAUCUUGACCGACAAGAAGAUCGAACUUGAGCGGAGGAUCGACAGCCUCCUGAGCGACCGCGAGGGCCUCAGCGUCAACCUCGACGAGUCCGCCGACAGGAUCCAGAUGCUCGAGAAACAGUACAGGGAGCAGGAGAUCAUGCUCCGAAACAGCCACCGAGAGCUCGAGGACCUACGCCACACGAACGAGUCCUUGACGGGUCGUCUGGAGGCCGUGAGUCGAAACUCCUCCUCGCCUUCCAUGGGGCAGACGUCGCUCCUCAACGAGAUGGACAUGUCGGACCACGAGGCCUCCCGCCCCCACUCGCACCCCAGCAUGCAAGAGGACCUGCUGGACAUGGACGAGUUCGAGUGCGACGACCCCAUCAUCUACCCGACUUCGGACGCCGAGACUCUCAAGACCGACACACCUUCUCUGCGUCAGGAGGUGGUGGAAGUGAUCGGUCAGCUGCGGGUUCUGACGGACCAGCUGAGACACCGCAGAAGGAACUCGCUCACGUCCCUCUCUACCAACUCCUCUGAUGAGCUCUCGCCGGAUAAGCUUAAGACCGGCGUCCUCGGGGCUGUAGCGAAGGAACUGCGUGGUCUGGUGCGGGAUCUCCUUCGUCGGGAGGCCCAAGGGCAGUGCGGUGCAUGCGGACGCGGAGGAGAGGACCGCGUGCAGCUGGAACAGGAAGUCCACCGCGCUCUCGAAGCUGUUGAUAAGCUGAACAUCGAGCUUAACGACACCAAAGAUAAACUCAAGGCCAAGAGCGACGAAGCCGAUGAGUUCAGUCAUCAAGUGACACUCGGGGAGGCGCAGCUCAAAGCCGUCAAGGAGGAGAGAGACAACCUCAAGCAUGACCUCGGGAACACGCACCUUGCCAAGGACGAACUGGUCAAGAAGGCGUGGGACAUGCGGGACAACGCCGUGGCCCGCAAGAACGCGUGCGAGAUCGAGCUGGCGAGGACCCGCAUCGACGUCAUGCAGAUCAACUCGCAGCUCAUGGAGGCGAUCCAGCAGAAGGUGGAGCUCUCGCAGCAGCUGGAGCAGUGGCAGGUGGACAUGCAGCAGCUCCUGGACGAGCAGAUGAGGAAGAAGCUGUCCAAGCUGGAGAUGGCCGCCGGGGCGUCGCGGGCCCAGGUCCACGCCCAGACUAACGGCAGCGACUCCGACUCCUCCUGCAGCGGCAAGGCCUCCCCGCGGAAGAACUCGCGCCUCUUCUCCCUCCUGACGACCCUCAAGCGGUAACCCGAAGACCGGGAGUCAGUGGCUGGUUAGGGAAGAAGGAAGAAACUGUAGCUUCAUCAGUGACUAUGUUCAUUCUGUUUUUCUUUAUUCGUGUGAAAGGAACGACGUCAUCAUCUCUGUAACACCUUUUUAAGGAAAACCUGGAUUCUUUCUGUUGAUGUUAUUAGAACUACAAAAAAAACAAAAAACAGCGGAUUCACUUGUAAUACUUAAAAAAAGCAAAAUGGCAUUAUUGUGUAUAUGUUAAAAAAAAAUGUUUGGAUAAAAUUCAUGCAAAAUCACUAAACUACGUUAACACACGCGAGGCCUUGCAACACCAUGUCGAAACUUCAGGGUAAAGGUUCACGGUGUCUCUCUUGUAUGGUUUGAUGGUCGUGCGAGGAGCAUGGUAUUCCCGAGACAGUCAGACCCUGAGCCACCUUUGUGCAUACACAGUCUCUGUUUAGAAUGUAAGAUUUCCUGUUUUAUUUUCUUUACGAUUGGUCAUUAUUUUCUCCCACACUCGCAGAAAUAAGCCUUAAUAGGUUUAGAAACUCUCCCAAAUGCUACUCACACGAUGGCCUUCCGAUUUGAGAAAAAUAUAUAUGUUAACAAAGUAUUUAUAGAUAUACACAGUUUAUCUUUCAAAUACUAGAAUGCUACUUCGUAUUUAUCUUAUUUCUUGCAACAUCACGACCCGUUGGUUUGGAAUUUUUGAACGUUAAGCUUUAAUUUGAAUAUUUUUGUAACUUGCCUAUAACAAGUUUUGUUUUGUGGCAAUGGGUGAAUUUUCUUUCAGCAAUAGAGACAAAGAGAAAGAAGUUUAAUAUUUUAAGGUUAAGGAAACAUUCUAAUGCAAUAAAAAUACGUUAUGAUAUCUUAUAAAAAGUUUUCUUCUUUGUUGAAAUGAUUUUUUGGAAUACACUGCAGGCAAAACAGGCGGGAUGUACAAAGAAGGAGAUUUUAUUGAUCUGAAAAUGAAAAAAAUAAUCUCUAAAGAAUAGUUUUUA